AUGGACGCGGAGCUCCUGGAGCUGCAGCGGCAGCUGGAGGCGGCGCAGAGCGCGCGCUCGAGCGUGCGCCUGUCGGAGCGGAACGUGGUGGAGCUGGUGCAGAAGCUGCAGGAGCGCGGCCUCAUCGACUUCGAGCUCCUCCACACCGUCUCCGGCAAGGAGUACAUCACAUCUGUGCUGGAGCAGCUGAGCGGACAGUCGCCGGUGUUCUCCAAGGCGAGGUACACUGUGAGGUCUUUCGGCAUCCGGCGUAAUGAGAAGAUUGCGUGCUACGUGACGAUCAGGGGCGAGAAGGCGAUGCAGCUGCUGGAUAGUGGCCUGAAGGUGAAGGAGUACGAGCUGCUCAGGAGGAACUUCAGUGACACGGGAUGCUUUGGGUUCGGUAUCCAGGAGCACAUUGAUCUUGGCAUGAAGUAA